AUGGCGGAGGCUGCAGUCAAACCUGUGUGGAAGAUCAGCCAGGGGCAUCUGGAAUGUCCAAUCUGUUGCUGUCUUUUCAAGGAUCCCAAGAUGCUGGACUGUCUCCACAGCAUCUGCCUGAAGUGUCUGAAAGAGAUGAUGAGCAAACAGAAGCCAGAGACAGAGAAGAUUACAUGUCCAGUCUGCAGGAGAGAGACGCAAGUUCCUGAUGGAGGAUUGCAGAGUCUAGCUUCGUCUUUCUUUCUUAGCUCUCUUGUCGAUGAGGUCAAACAACAGAAGGCGGUAUUAGGAGAAGCAUCGGCACCUACCACCACUUGUGACUGUGGAGAAGGCAAGGAGGCCACUUGGAGGUGUCUUGAUUGUAGUGAUAACCUCUGUCAGGAAUGCAGGAAAACCCAUGGGAGGGUCAAGUCCACCAAAGACCAUCAAAUCAUUUCAUUGGGAGAUUGGCAGGAAUCUAAGCUGCCUCCAGCAGAACAUAGCAAACCCAUCACCCGAAUGUGUACGAUCCACACUGACCAUCCUCUGUGUUUCUUCUGUGACACAUGCAAUACCUUAAUCUGCUCAAUGUGUGCCACAUUAGAUCAUCGGUCGGCAAAGCACAAUUUAUUAAAGAUUGAUGACUCUAUCAGGUCCUUCCGCAGUGAGGUUGACAACAUACUGCAGAAGUUCAAGAAGAGCAGGCAGCACUUCAAAUCUACUGAAAAGUCAAUCGAACAUGCACAAAAAAGAUUGCAAAAAAAACUGGCUCAGGCUCGUAGUGGUAUUGAUGCAAAAGCGGAGGCAGAAAUCUCUAAAAUCAGAAACAAAGCAAAGCUUCUCACCGACAAGGUCAACAAAAUCGGUCAGGAGAGAGACAGUGAAUACGAAAAGGCGCUCACGCACAACCGUGAACAAAUGGAACGCGCAGAUCAGACCAUCGCAGCAGUAAAUGACUUGAUGAGUCAAGCCGAUGAUUUCGAGCUUUUGGAGCUCAAGCCAAAGGUGAUGCACAACUUGGAAUUCCAGAAGGAGCUCAAGUGUGAACCGGCCAAUUAUGGUCUGUCGUUCAUUGGUGUCAGAUUUCAAGAUGUUGUGAGUGAUGCAGAUCUUGGGGAGGUCUGUGUCAGCGAGAAAUGGCAAUUAAAGGAAAAGUUCGGCAAAAGAGGUACCGAUGACGAGGAAUUUGACUUCGCCACAGCUGUUGCAUGUUUCAGAAAUGGAGACAUCGUAGUAACUGACAUAAAUUCGAAACUAUUAUCGUUGUUUAGCUCAACUGGUCGGUAUAAAACAUCGGUCGCUCAGGGAGAUGCUAGGCAUCAGUUAGAAGCUCCUCGGGGCGUUGCGGUGUCCCAUGAUGAUCUGCUUUUUGUCACAGACAAAAAGAAAGUGAAGGUUUUUGACAAUGAGCUCCACUUUGUUCGCGAGUUUACACCUUUGGCUGACGAUGUCGAUGAGCUAUCAGAGAGUGACCUCACUGCUGUUGCUGUUGCCAGUCAACGAGUAGCAGUCGCUGACAGGGGGAGAAAGGUCAUCAGUGUCCACAACCUGGACGGAUCGUUGAUUGCAAGCAUCUCAAAUAACAUGGUUAGCAAUUACCUGGCAAUAAGCACACUUGGCUGUUUAGUCUUCACAAACUUUGAGGGCCAAAGUUUGCUGUGCGUUAACUUUAAAGGCAAAGAGAUGUUCAGGGUCAAGACUUUAAUGAAUGGCAAAGCUGCUAAGGCAACUGGUGUCCUGUGUGAAGAUGAUGAGACCAUCUAUGUCGCUGUUCAUUCUGGCAAAAUCAGAGGUGCUGAAGUGCAGCGAUACGAUUCAAAUGGUGCAUUCGUAGCAACGGUAGCUCAAAGGUUGUACAAUCCAUUAGGAAUGGCAUUCACCCCCGCUGGCGACGUAGUUGUCGCUGACCUACACUCCGUUAAGAUCUUUGAGCGGAUUAAAAUAUACCCCCCCCCCCUUUUAUUUUCCGGACUAUUUCUUAUGCACUAUAUCCUUACGCCUCUUUCAUUAUUAUUUAAAUUAUGUAACAAUACACUCUUCCCGGCCCGGCAAACGGCCCGCCGCACUCCAUCUUCUGUAUUUGAAGAGACAACAUUAGAUUUACUCUUCUCUUCAUUUUACAGGAAUAAAACAACAGAGAUAACAGAGAAUUUGCUUCAGCCGUUCCUCAUUCCCAUUUCGACACCGAUCCCCCCGGUGUCACAUUUGGUGGAAGAUCCGGGUAUGAGGAAAUCCAUCAACGGCCGUACCUGGUUGACGAAUUCUUACCUGUUGUAUCUGCUACAUCGAUCAAGAUUUCACCUAUCAAGUGCUGACCAGCUAUCAUCCGAGCUCCAAACAGCGAAGUCCUGCUGUCAAGAACCUAUUGCCAAGCCACAGCAGCCAGCCUUGGUUGAGCGUCGUCGGUCGGAUGUUCCAGUGGCCGAUCACCACUGACGAGCCCGAUCGCCACCCAAGCUGACCCACUGACGAGCCCCUGCUGACGAUCCACAGCUAUCAACCUUGGUUGUGCGUCGUCCAUCGGAUGGUCCAGCGGCCGAUCACCAUUGACGAGCCCGAUAACAACCUAAGCGGACCCACUGAAGUCCCUUCCCCCCAUGACGAGCCUGAUCGCACCAGAGUUCAAGAUUCUCCCCCGAUGAGCUACGGCAACACAGCUAGCAGUCAUGUCGCGUCAAUCCGUGGACAUUCAUCGCGUCCUGAAGACCUAGCUAAAGGGAGCCUACAUCGUCCCUUGGUGUUUAACAUUGUCAUCGGACUGUUUGCUGUAUCUUCCCGAGGAACUGAGAUCGCGAUCGUGGACUUUUUGAACCCUUAGACAUCUAGAUGAUCUAUUGAUUUGCCGUCAGCUACUUUGACACUAUAGUUUCGAGUACUGUCCGCCGUGAACCCUCUCACCGUAAACGCGCAACCGUUUGAGCCGGCCGGUUACUGCAGAACCUGCCGUGGAGUUCGUUACGUGCCGGGAGUCAAGAGCCCCGACCCAAGACCACUGAAGGACAACAACGGACAGUCAAGCCAAGUCGUCAAGCAAGAAUCAAGAUUCAGGUAUAAAGGCAACUGGUUCAAAAUAAUUAAUUGAAUAGAAGCACUUUAUAACCAAGCUGGUUUUUACACUGUCAUUGUUUGAUAAAUUCCAUUACUGUGAAUGGUUCUCCUGUUGUACGGCAGGUGGCAAACGUUAAUUCCAUCCCUG